UGUCCUUGCUCUCUCCGGGCAGGAGGUGGCGCUCACGCCGCAUGUCAGCUGAGUCCGUCCCCGAAGAAGAGGCGGCAGCUCGGCGGAAGUGGCCGCAGGAUGUCGGUUCGUCUCCGGUGUCUGAAUCCGGCAUGUGCUGCGCUCACCUGGGGCUUUCUCUGCAGGAACACACGGCCCGUCCUCCGAGCCAGCAAAGCGGCGCAUCACCUGCACCGAACCAGUGCCGGUGUUCUGCGGAAACACGUCCCGUGUAACGGUUUAACGGGCUCAGGAGCCGGGACGGACGGUACCCACAGAGGAGGAAGUUCAAGUUCUGACGUCCAGGUGUGGAGAAGAGUCAGCAUGACGUCAGGCAGCAUGUCCCAGAGGAUGGUGUGGGUGGACCUGGAGAUGACGGGUCUGGACGUUGACAAGGACCGGAUCAUUGAGAUGGCGUGCAUCAUCACAGACUCGGACCUGAACAUCUUGGCUGAGGGACCAAACCUGAUCAUCAACCAGCCGGACAGCCUCCUGGACGGGAUGUCGGACUGGUGCAAAGAGCAUCAUGGAAAGUCAGGACUGACUCAGGCUGUACGGGACAGUAAAAUCACGCUGGAACAAGCCGAGUACGAGUUCCUGUCCUUCGUCAGACAGCACACCCCGCCCGGACAGUGUCCCCUCGCUGGUAACUCCGUGCAUGCGGACAAAAGGUUCCUGGACAAGUACAUGCCACAGUUUAUGUACCACCUUCACUACAGGAUCAUCGACGUCAGCACCAUCAAGGAGCUCUGCAGACGGUGGUUUCCAGAAGAAUACAAGAUCGUGCCUCACAAGAAAGCAUCCCACAGAGCGUUGGACGACAUCUGGGAGAGCAUUAAAGAGCUGCAGUACUACAGAGCCAACGUCUUCAAAGCGUCGACAGAAGAGAAGAAGAGUACGAUCGUGGAGAACGGAGGCGACAGUUUGCACACAUGAGCGCUGUGCGGCCACAUUUGAUGGUUUCUUUGGUUUUAGUUGCACCCCAUGAUCCUUUUAUUUCAGUUAAACGUUUAAAGAGGAGCGUAUUAAUAUGAUGUUUGUUCAGACGUCUGGGGUUGACUAUCAUUUUCCCUCAUAUUUAAAAUUAAACCAAAUAAACCACACACACUGAAGAAGUUUGAGUGACUGACUCGAGUAUAAACCUGUGAGUGUGGUGUUGAUGGACACUGGAACAGGAAUCUGAUGGCAAACGACCAAUAAACCCGAAACGUUUGGGGAAAAAAA